AGUUGGAGUGAUCCAUUAUUCCUUACAGAGACGAUCUCUGUUCACGGCGCCGUGUUUACAGCGAACGCAGCAGACUGCAGACUGACCGCGCGAGCCUGUGGGUUAAUCUGCCUAACUACGGCUCCCUUUCGGCUAUCAGUCGACGGAGAACAUUAAAUAGCAAAAAAAGACCUGCUCUCAUCCGAAGCAACAAGGUCAAAUAUUCGGUUUUCGGUCACAGAAAGGCUACCACAACAACGCGCUGCGUGUGCGUGCGUGCGCGAUGACCGGCUGAGAAAGAAGAGAAGGAGGAGGAGGAGAGAAGGAGGCUGCGGUCUGAAACCAGAUUUUAUCCUGGAUAUUUCUGAAGAGACGUCGUGUCGUUAACAGGGCAGUGUUUAAAUUUAACAUGUCUCUGUAUGUCCCAGUCUACCAAUUUCACUUGCAAAUUUAGGGCUGGUUUCUGCUUCUCUAAAAGACCCCCCACCAGCAGCAGCGGUGGGACGUUUACGGGUUUUCCCCCCUGAUAUGGAGUGGGAAGAUGUGGAUUACCGAGGAAUCCCCGCCGCUACUUUAGUCGCCAUGGUUUCAUUCAUCGCCUCAAUGCGGCGUUGUCUUUGGCAAGGAUAAAUUGAACAGGGGCAGCCGGAUAAAUUGGUGAUUUUUGGACCGGAGUCCCGUUAGGAAACGCGACGGCGUCCCCGCUCUCUUGUUUGUUGUAGCUAUUAGCUCCAUUAGCCGGCUAACAGCUAAAAAAAAAAAGCUGCGGAUUAAACAGGCGUUUUAACCAUUCUGACCAGGUUUGUUUCCCUCCUCACGUCCCCUCCUCCACAGCGUGUUUAAUAAGAUUUCAGGGGGAUUCACGUGUGUGGGAACUGGGUCUGGAAUGGAAGGGAGCCGCUUGACCUUGUUUUGGGGUCUGAUGCUGGGUCUGUCGUCCUGCCUUCGGCCCGCCACCGCAGAGAUUUGUACUCUCAGCAUCGACAUUGGCAAUGACAUCAGUAAUUUCAGGCAACUUGAGAAUUGCACUGUGGUGGAGGGCUACCUGCAGAUACUACUCAUCAAUGACAAAAACAAUAACGCCAACCAAGAAGUCUUCCGCACCCUCAGCUUUCCCAAGCUGACCAUGAUUACAGACUACCUGCUGUUAUUCAGGGUUUCUGGUCUGGACAGUCUGAGUAUGCUCUUCCCCAACCUUUCGGUCAUCCGCGGACGAAACCUCUUUUAUAACUACGCACUGGUGAUCUUUGAAAUGACCAGUCUGAAGGACAUUGGCCUGUACAACCUGAGAAACAUCACCCGUGGUGCCAUCCGCAUUGAGAAGAAUCCGGAACUCUGCUACCUGGACUCAAUAGACUGGUCCCUCAUCAUGGACGCGGAGUUCAACAAUUACAUUGCUGGAAACAAGCAGUCCAAAGAGUGCAGUGACGUUUGUCCAGGCAUCAUUGAGAACAACCCUUUGUGCAGAAAGACCAUGUUCAACAACAACUACAACUACCGCUGCUGGAACUCCAAUCAUUGCCAGAAAGAGUGCCCGGAGAAGUGUGGACGGCGAGCUUGCACAGCGGAGGGUGAGUGCUGCCACCCCCAGUGUCUGGGCAGCUGCACGGUUCCUGGCCGCGACACAGCAUGUGCUGCAUGCGUGCACUACCACCACGAAGGGCGCUGCGUGGCCGACUGCCCUGCAGGCACGUACCGAUUCGAAGGCUGGCGGUGCAUCAGCAGAGACCUCUGCUCCAAGAUUCACCUUCCGGACUUCGAUACCUUUGUCAUCCACGGGGGAGAGUGCCUCUCUGAAUGUCCGUCUGGGUUCACACGAUCUGCAGCCAACAGUAUGAUGUGCACAGCCUGCGAUGGUCUGUGCGAUAAAGUGUGUGAGGGGAAGGAGAUCGAAUCUAUGGAUGCUGCCCAGUCUCUCAAAGGCUGCACCGUUAUCAAAGGCAAUCUGCAAAUCACCAUCCGCAGAGGCCAUGACAUCAUGGCAGAGCUGGAGAGUUUCACGGGGUUGAUCCAGAGGGUGACAGGUUACGUCCGGAUCACAAACUCGCACACUCUGAGUUCUCUGGCGUUCCUCCGCAGCCUCAGAUACAUCGAUGGAGAAAAUCUUCUAGAAGACCUGUAUGCCUUCUCAGCAAACAACAACCAGGAGCUCCAGUAUCUUUGGGACUGGAAUCAGCACAACCUGACCAUAAAAACAGGAAAGCUCUUCUUCAAAGGCAACCCGAAGCUCUGCAUGUCCGAGAUCCGCAAGAUGUGGGACAAGACGGGCGUGCAGGGCCGCUUCGACGAGACCGACUUCCACAAGAACGGCUACAGAGCCAGCUGUGAAAGCACUAUCCUACAGUUUACGUCUAACAGCACCAGCAGCACACGGAUCAAGCUGACAUGGGAGCGCUACCGACCGCCUGAUUACAGAGACCUCAUCAGCUUUGUAGUCUACUACAAGGAGGCGCCCUUCCAGAACAUCACAGAGUUCGAGGGGCAGGAUGGUUGUGGCUCCAACAGCUGGAAUAUGGUGGACGUGGAGCUGAGGCCAGAUAAAGAGUCGGACCCCGGGGUUCUGCUCUCCGGCCUGAAACCYUGGACACAGUACGCCAUCUUCGUUAAAGCUAUCACCCUCAUGGUGGAAGACAAACACAUGCUCGGUGCGAAAACCAAGGUUGUCUACAUUCGCACCAGCCCCUCUGCGCCCUCCAUGCCUCAGGACGUGCGGGCCUAUUCAAACUCGUCGACUCAGCUGGUGGUGCGCUGGUUGCCCCCCAUCUCGCCCAAUGGGAACCAGACUUACUACUUGGUGAGAUGGCAGCAACAAGCUGAAGACCGGGAACUGUAUCAGCACAACUACUGCUCAAAAGAGCUGAAGAUUCCUGUCAGGAUUGCCGCUACAGGUGUUGGGGACCCAGAAGAGGACACAAAGCCCACUAAACCAGAUCCUGACGGGUUAGAUAAAGGCCCUUGCUGCCCGUGCCCCAAGUCAGCGGAGGAGCUGGAGGCUGAAGCUGCCGAUGCUUCUUAUAGAAAAGUCUUUGAGAACUUCCUGCACAACUCAAUCUUUACACCGAGGCCACCAGAUCGGCGCCGCAGGGAUCUGUUCGGAGUGGCGAACUCGACCCGGCCUCGCCGGCCCCAACCGCACACCAACAGCAGCUCCGUCCCUCCGCUCCAAGCCGCCGGCAACAGCAGCAUGGCCGACUAUGCCGAGCGGGAGUACGAUUUCGUGGAGCAAGCGGUGACRGAUCGGGAGCUGCAGAUCUCCGGCCUGAAGCCCUUCACCGUUUAUCGCAUCGACAUUCACGCCUGCAACCGACAGGUGCAGCGCUGCAGCGCCGCCGAGUUCGUCUUCUCCAGAACCAAACCUGCAGAAAAGGCUGACGACAUUCCAGGCCCGGUGAACUGGGAGGGACACGAGAACUGGGUGUUUCUGCGCUGGCCAGAGCCCCCCCACCCCAACGGUCUCAUCCUAAUGUAUGAGAUUAAGUUUAAACUGGCUGCAGAGACUGAGAAGCACGAGUGUGUAUCUGGACAAGUGUACCGGACUCACCGUGGCGUCCGGCUGUCCAACCUCAGUCCAGGAAACUACUCUGUCAGAGUCAGAGCAACUUCACUGGCUGGCAAUGGCUCCUGGACACACAAUCUGCAUUUCUAUGUGGCUGAAAGAUAUGAAAACGCCUUCUACGCUAUGAUCUUUGUUCCCAUCACCAUCGUCCUCUUAAUCUGCUUCCUGGUCACAAUACUGGUGGUUUUCAACAAGAAAAGGAACAGUGACAGGCUGGGGAAGGGAGUCUUGUACGCGUCGGUCAACCCUGAAUACUUCAGCGCUGCAGAAAUGUACGUACCAGAUGAGUGGGAGGUUCCCCGGGAGAAGAUCACCUUGUGUCGCGAGCUCGGCCAGGGGUCUUUCGGUAUGGUGUACGAGGGCGUGGCCAAGGGCGUGGUCAAAGACGAGCCAGAGACGCGCGUUGCCGUCAAGACUGUCAACGAGUCUGCCAGCAUGAGGGAGAGGAUCGAGUUCCUGAACGAGGCCUCGGUCAUGAAGGAGUUUAACUGCCACCACGUUGUUCGUCUCCUGGGCGUGGUCUCUCAGGGCCAGCCCACGCUGGUCAUCAUGGAGUUGAUGACAAGAGGAGACCUGAAGAGUUACUUGCGCUCGCUGCGUCCUAAAGAGCAGCAGUUUUCGAGCCUGUCUCUCCCUCCACUGAAGAAGAUGCUUCAGAUGGCGGGCCAGAUUGCAGACGGCAUGGCUUACCUCAARGCCAACAAGUUCGUCCACCGAGAUCUGGCUGCCCGGAACUGCAUGGUGGCCGAAGACUUCACCGUAAAGAUAGGAGAUUUCGGCAUGACCAGAGACAUCUAUGAGACMGAUUACUAUCGAAAAGGAGGAAAAGGUUUGCUCCCUGUCCGCUGGAUGUCACCGGAGUCUUUAAAGGAUGGCGUUUUCACCACCAACUCUGAUGUCUGGUCAUUUGGAGUUGUGUUGUGGGAGAUCGCCACUCUGGCAGAACAGCCCUACCAGGGUCUGUCCAACGAACAAGUCCUUCGGUUUGUCAUGGAGGGGGGGCUGCUGGAGAAACCACAGAGCUGCCCAGACAUGCU